AUUCUUUUGUUUUGUUUUUUGCUUGAUCUUUUUCCUUUCGAUUCGCUUGUGGGAGAACGAAACUUCAAAGAAAUAGAUCAAUUUGGCUUUUUGAAAAAUAUUCUAUGAAAGAAAUGCCUCUCACUUGAACUUAAUGCUUAUAUAUUCGAGUUCACUCACAAGUACUCUACAUCCCGGAAUAGAUAGAGAGACAGUGAGAAUGAAUCCCAAAGUGUACGAGGCUGCAAAGUCGGGAGACUUUGAUUCUCUGGAGGCAAUAAUUUCAGGAAAUGGAGAGGACAUUUUCCACCAAACAACACCAAAGGAGAAUAACAUUCUUCAUGUUGCAGCUCAAUACAAGCAGGUGAAUUUCAUUAGACAAAUUCUUCAAUGUUCAUCAGGGCCGUCCCUUCUUUGGCAGGGUAAUUGCAGAGGAGACACUCCCCUACACCUUGCUGCUAAAGCAGGAAGCUGGGAAGCAGUUCAAGUCUUCAUUAGUCUAGCAAAAUCACUGCAUUGGGUUAUUGAAAACGGACAAGUUGACGCAUGCAAAGGACUACUUCGAAAGCCCAAUUCGCAUAAGGAUACCGUGCUACACUAUGCAUUAAGAGGAGGCCAUCAUGGGGUGGUGAAGUUGCUGAUUGAAGAAGAUCCUCAACUGUGUAAUAUUACUAAUGCUGCUAAUGAGUCCCCCCUGUAUCUUGCAGCACAUCGAGGACUUCCUCUUAUCACUGACCUGAUUUUAGGUGUUUCUCCGUUGUCAUUCUCUCAUAAGGGCCCUAAGGGAAUGACAGCUCUGCACGCCACAUAUUUUCGUCCAAAAUCUAAUUGGUGGAAAAUCAUGAGGAAGAGGCCAGAAGUGAUCAGAGAAGCAGAUGAUAUUGGGUGGACUCCUCUUCAUUAUUACGCUUCGUCCGGUUUAGUCAAUGUUGUUAAAGCACUCCUGCAAUACAAUACUUUUGCGGCAUACGACAUAGACAAAGAGGGGCAAUCGGCUCUUCACAUUGCAGCCUUUCGUGGUCACGUCAAUGUCAUUGACGAGCUUCUUAGAUCUUGUCCCGAUGCUUGUGACAUUAUGAACACCAAAGGGCAAACGGCUCUUCAUGCAGCUGUUAUCGGUGGACAAGUAAAUGUAGUCAAGUACACACUAGGAAUGCCAAACCUGGAGGAUCUUAUCAACGAACAAGACACCGAUGGAAACACGGCUCUACAUUUGGCUGCACUUCAUAAACAGUACAACAUCAUAUACACACUGGCACGAGACAAGAGGGUGGACUGUUUGGCCACAAAUAAGGAUCAUUUGACCGCCCGUGACAUUUUUGGAAUCUCAUAAGGAGGUAUGCUUGCUUGAACACCAUAGAGCUUGAUUUGAUCACUUGAAAAGUCAUUUCUUUGGUAUCAUUUAGAAACUAUGGCCCAGGUGAUACUAAUUUCAGGUGCAAACAAACAACCCAAUCAAAAUCUUUUUGCAUCAACUUGUUUUGCUUAUUCAAUUGUUUGAGCAUAUUGACUACAUUGCAGUUUUCUCAGCAAACAGUAACAUAGAUUGCUUUAUUAAGGGUGACAUACAUUUGAAAAAGGGA